AUGACAACGAAAUAUGGCAUAGAAAUUAGUGCAGAGAAAAACAAGGUGAUAGUUAUAGCUAAAGAAGAUGUGAAAUUAAACUAUCCAAUAACCGUUCCAAACAAGUGCCUAGAACAAAGUACCUGGGUCAAGAGGCAGGGGGAGACCAAGAAAGAGCUGGAUGACCGACAUCAGGGAAUGAGCAAACUUCUCUGCGGGUCAUGCUACAGAGACCGGACGGUGUCUUCCCAAGAAAGACUUUUUAUUAUUGCCCAAGUUGGAAACCGGAACCCAGAGUGGAUGAUUUUAUUAACUUGGGACCGUGAUCAGGACUCGCACCCGCACGCGUGGAGACUCUCGCUUGUCUUUGAAGCCGAGCGCGUUGUUACUGUAUUGUCAUCGCCCGAGGUUGUGGUCGAAGCCCGCAAGAGGUUGUGGACGGCCCCUGAGCUGCUCCGUAGGGGGGCGACCCUCCCCCGGGGUACGCAGAAGGGGGAUGUCUUCUCCUUCGGCAUUAUUCUCUACGAAGUCAUGGGGAGGAAGGGCCCCUGGGGAGACUACAUGGACAAGUUCACCGUGCAAGGUACGUGGGUUGGAUUCUGUGCUGCGUACAUCCUGUCGAAGCUCCGAGAGUGCUGUGAGCCUCCGCUGCGCCCUCCGCUGGACACCCUGAAGGCUCCCGAGUACGUCCACCGGUGCCUGAGGGAGUGCUGGGUCGAGGAACCCGACGAGAGGCCCGACUUCAAGCUCAUUCAGAUGCGCCUGAAGGAAAUGCAGGCAGGGCUGAAACUCAACAUUGUCGACAACAUGCUGGCGAUGAUGGAGAAAUACGCGUAUAAUCUCGAAGGCAAAGUGCAGGAAAGAACAAAACAGCUGAUGGAAGAGAAGAAGAAGACAGAGAUUUUGCUGUUGAGGAUGCUGCCCAAGUCCGUCGCAGAGUCCCUGAAACGAGGGGAAAAGGUGCAUCCGGAAAGUUACGAUAAUGUUACGAUUUACUUCAGUGAUAUUGUUGGCUUCACUUCGCUCUCCGCUACGUCGACGCCUCUGCAGAUGGUCGACAUGCUGAACGACUUGUACACCUGUUUCGACGCCAUAAUUGGGGACUACGACGUGUACAAGGUGGAGACCAUAGGGGACGCGUACAUGGUGGUGUCGGGCCUCCCCAUCUGCAACGGCGACAGGCACGCUGGGGAGAUCGCGUCCAUGGCUCUCAAACUCCUCGACGCCGCCAGGACGUUCACCAUCAGGCACCGCCCUUCGGAUACGCUCAAGCUGAGGAUCGGGAUUCAUUCGGGACCUUGUGUGGCGGGAGUCGUAGGCCUCACAAUGCCAAGAUACUGCCUCUUCGGUGACACUGUGAACACGGCCUCGCGAAUGGAAUCCACGGGAGAGCAGCUGCGAAUCCACAUUUCCCACGCCAAUAAGCUGAUGCUGGAUAAGAUUGGCGGAUAUCUGGUCGAGAAACGCGGACUCACUUACGUCAAGGGCAAGGGCCAGAUGAUGACGUGGUGGCUGGUGGGCGUCCAGACCCCAGGACGCGAGGAACCCGGACGCCGCCCGAGCCAGCCAAGCCACGCCGACGCCCACGCCCGUCGACGAGCCUCACCCGAGCUCCGCCCACACGCCCACCUCCAGCUGCCAGCCCUCGUCUCUUGCUCAAAGUGCUGCCGUUUCGUCCGUGUAUCCCUCCAGCCAUUGUCUUGUGGGGUAUGGCAUGCCCCCUCCUGCGGCCACCCUCUCGGCCUCUAGCCACGACAAUCUUGCUUCCCUCGGCGGCAGUCGCGGUUUGGGAAACGGCUCGCCCGUCUCCACUCACUCCGAACGCCGAACAAACUCGUCCUCCUUUACUCACGAUGUCGAGGUGACUCAUAACCCUACCGUCAG